AUGCCUCUCUCCGGACACUGCCUUUGCAAAGCCGUCACGUAUACCGUGGACGUUGACGCACCUCUGAUCACUGCCUAUGACCACUGUGAUGACUGCCAACGCCAGAGUGGCUCGACCUAUUCUCUCGUCGCUGUCGUCCCCAAGGACAAGCUGACCAUUAACGGUCCUACCAAGAGCUGGGCUGGCAAGGGCUCUUCCGGCCUCGCCGUCCACCGCGUCUUCUGUUCUGAGUGUGGUUCCCCGAUCGCCCACGACCCCGAUGCCGCUCCCGAGAUCAUUGCGAUCAAGGCCGGCACCCUGGAUGUUGAGAUUAAGAAGACCCUGAAGCCCGACACUGAGAUCUGGACCGUCAGCAAGCUUCCUUUCUGCCAGGAAUCCCUUGCCCAUCCUUUCAAGCACAUGCCGGAGUAA